AUGGAGAGUAAAGUCAUUGUUAUAAGUCAUGGAUCGCAUUCACUUCGAAUAGGUUUGGCAUCUGACCCAUUCCCUAAAUCAAUCAAUAAUUUUAUUGCCAAGAGAAUUAAACCACUACCAAAGAUAUCUAUAAAACCAACGCCAUUACCAACAAUAUUACCAACAACAUUACCAACAACAACAACAACAACAACAGAAACACCAAUACCAACAUUGACCGAAACUGUCACAGCCACAACAACAACAACAAUAACAACAACUACUGAUUCCUCUACAUUAAAUGAUACCACUAUAUCUACUACUACUCCUAUUACCACCACUCAAGAAACAAACAAUGCUAACGAACAACAACAACAACAACAACAUCAACAACAGCCUGAAUUAGUACCAAUGGAAAUCGAUUCCAACAACACAGCAGCAUCAAAAGAGACAGAAACUAAAGAAUUAAAUUUAACAAACUCUGUUGAAAGUAAUGAUAAUAAUAAUAUUAGUAAUAAUAAUAAUAAUAACAAUAGUAGUGGUAUUGCUACCACUAUAGAAUCUUCAAUAAAAGAAAUAAAGCAAGAGCAACAGCCAGAAAUAAAACCAGAACAACAAGAAGAACAAUCAAAACUACAAGAUGAUAAAAUUGAUAUUGUAAUGGAAGAUUCAAAAGAUAAUAAUAAUAAUAAUAAUAAUAAUAAUAAUAAUAAUAAAGAUGAUAAAGAUAAUGAAAAAGAGAAAGAACAAGAAAAAGAAAAAGAAAAACAAAAUGAUAUAAAUAUACCUUCUUUAUUGCCUGUCUUGAGUGGAAGACAUCUAGAAAGUAAAUUAACAGCAUUAAAAUCAGUACAACAAACAAUCAAAGAAACAUAUAAAUCAUAUCCACAAUUCGUUGGUGAUUCAACCUAUAAAUUACCAAAACAAUCAACUAUUUAUAAUGAAUCAAAUUCAGUGGUAAUAGAAAACGUUGAACCCGUUAGAAAGAAGAAAAAGAGAAAGCAGAAACAGCAACAGCAACAACAACAACUACAAACAGAUCAAGCCAAUGACACAGGUUACAAUGCUAAACGUGAGAUUGAACCGAUCGAUCUCGAUAGAGUUGACUAUUGUAUCGGUGAGGAUGCUAUACUCGCAAGCAGAGACACUGACAACUGGAUAUGCUAUCAACCACUACUCUCACCGACAACCUUCAAUCCUCAAUCGUCUUCACUCACCCCUAUACUCGACGAUCUCGUUCAAAUGUGGAGAUAUUCAAUUCAAAGAUAUCUUAACAUAAAUCCAUCCGAUUUAAACUCCUAUGGAUGUGUAUAUAUAAUUCCAGACUUUUUAGAUAAAAAACAAAUCAAAGAGAUUACCAACUUACUUUUGAGAGAACUACCAUUUACAAGUGCAUUACUAUAUCAUGAAUCUAUAUGUUCGUUGUUUGGUGCAUCUAUUGGUACUGCAUGUGUAAUCGAUGUUGGACAUCAGAGAGUUAGUAUAUCGUGUGUCGACGAAGGAUAUAUGAUUCCACAGUCUAGAGUGUCUCUAAGAUAUGGUGGAUCCAACAUUACUCAACUACUAGCAUGGUUACUCUACAAACAAGACACAGAGUGUAAUUCUUCACAUCAAAAUGGUACCACCAACACCACCACCACCAAUAAUCAUAUCAAUGGAAAUGAUAAAGAUCAAACAACAUCUUCAUCUUCAACUUCUGCAACCUCCAAUGUGAAACCAAUUCAUAAAUAUUACUUCCCACUAAAGAGAACCAAUCUCGAUAUUGCCUAUGACUUUAAUCAAAUUGAAACCAUAAAGAAUGAAUGUAUAAAUUUAAAUUUAAAUGAUGAUAAUAGGAUAAAGCAUGAAAAAUUAAAGGUUGCGAACGUACCGACCAGACAACAGAAUACUAUCUAUCAAUUCAAUGGAGACGAUGUGUUUAAGGUUGUGGGCAUGUCUAUGUUCUAUCCGGAUAGUCUGUCGCCAAUGAGACGUGCACCAUCAAAGAUGACGGAUUUCGAAGAGCUCUACGAUGCCGAUCGCAAAGAGGACGGUGCACACGAUCGUAAUUUGACGUUGGCUCUCGACCAGGCGAUCUACAAGUCCAUCAAGAACUCGGGUGACCGCAUUGAAUUCCGUAAGCGCUUCUACUCGAACCUGUUGAUUGUGGGUGGCGGUGCUUCGCGUGUGCCCGGCCUUCAAGCGGUACUCAAACAACGGCUGGCCAAACUGCUCUCCACCGAAGAAACCAACGCCGGAAUCACACUUGCCUUCUCUGCCAACACCAGACAAGACGUGGAUGAGCGUAACAUGUCCUGGAAGGGUGGAGCCAUCCUCGGUUGUCUCGAGAGUUCCAAAGAGAUUUGGAUCACCAGACAAGAAUGGAAAGAAGGUUUGAACUCUUCCAUCUUAAGAGAAAAGUUAUCAUAUUAG